AUGGACGGUGGAGGAAACGUCAAAGUUGUCGUCCGAGUGAGAGCAUUUCUCAAGAGAGAGCUUGAACGUCAGGCAAAAUGCCUGAUUGAUAUGGAUCCCAUCACUCAGCUCACUACUUUAUACUCGCCCGAUGACCAAGACCCAGAAGCUGCAAAGCUGAAGACCCGAAAGGUCAUCGAGGAAAAGAAAUUCACUUUCGACAACUCCUUCUGGAGUCACGACACUAAUGACGAACACUAUGCCACACAGGAGGACGUCUACAACAGCCUGGGCGAAGACUUCUUGGAUCACAACUUUGAAGGUUACCAUACAUGUAUCUUUGCCUAUGGCCAGACCGGCUCUGGUAAAAGUUACACCAUGAUGGGCACCCCCGAUCAGCCUGGUUUGAUUCCUCGAACAUGUGAGGAUCUUUUUGAGCGAAUUGACGCCGCCCACAGCGAGAACUCAAACGUUGCGUACAACGUUCGCGUUUCUUACUUUGAAGUAUAUAACGAGCAUGUUCGCGACCUGCUAGUACCACCCCAGACUCACAAGGCACCCAACUAUCUCAAAAUUCGCGAAUCUCCUACUGAGGGCCCUUACGUCAAGGAUCUUACCGAGGUUCCAGUGCGAAACAUUAAUGAGAUCCUGCGCUACAUGAAGCUGGGCGACACGUCCCGUACGGUAGCAAGCACGAAGAUGAACGAUACCAGUAGUCGAAGUCACGCCGUCUUCACUAUCAUGCUCAAGCAGAUUCACCACGACAUGGAAACCGACGAGACAACAGAGCGAAGCUCUCGCAUUCGAUUGGUGGAUCUGGCAGGUAGUGAGAGGGCGAAAGCCACCGAGGCAACUGGUGCACGUCUGCGUGAAGGUAGCAACAUCAACAAGUCCCUGACUACUCUCGGACGCGUCAUUGCUGCUCUUGCAGACCCUAAAUCCUCCAGAACUGGAAAACGAAGAGAAGUCGUGCCGUACCGAGAUUCUAUCCUCACAUGGCUUCUCAAGGACUCUCUGGGAGGAAACAGUAAGACAGCCAUGAUUGCAUGUAUUGCCCCCUCAGACUACGACGAGACGCUGUCGACAUUGCGUUACGCCGAUCAGGCCAAGCGAAUCCGAACUAGAGCUGUGGUCAAUCAGGACCAUAUCUCCACCGCUGAGCGAGACGCGCAGAUCGCCGCAAUGGCGGAAGAGAUUCGCAUGCUGCAACUUUCCGUUUCGGACUCGAGACAACGUGAGAAAAACGCCAAGGAGGCUGAAGAGAAACUGGAGGAGUACCAAACCCAUGUCAACUCCAUGCAGCGCAUGAUGGAAGAGCGCAGCAUGGUGGCCGAGAGCAAGAUCAAGAAGCUCCAGACAGAGAACGAGGCUCUGAAGCUGCACCUGAAGCUCGCCAUUGAAAGUCUCAAGAAUCCCAUUCCUCCUGUUCCUGUCAAGUCAGAGAGUGAACUCGAUGAGCAAGACAAGGAAAAUGCCUCUGAGUUUGGCGAGGAUGACGAUGAAUACGACUCGGAGAGCACGGCCUACGGCGAAGAAGAUGAGCUGCAGGAGGAAAUGCACCGGUAUCUUCAGGAUAUGGGCAACCUGAGAAAGUUAAUGACGGCAGAUCUUACGAGGUUCAAAACCGAGGACAGCGCCAGGAUGCCAUUGGGCACGAAGGAGAAUUUCUGA